UCUUCUUCACUUUCAAAAAGAAAUUCAAGAAAAAAAUUGAUCUUUAUCGACUCAUUUAUACAUCUUUACACACACACACACACACAGAAAUAUAGAUACAUAGUUCUGGAUAUCACUCAAAUAUUAUACAUACAUAUUAUACAUACAUAUACAUACAUAUAUACAUACAUAUAUUUGUUAAAGUUAUUAUGAGUCAAAUGCUACCGAGUGAAAUUUGGCUAACUCAAAUAUUACCCCGUCUACAAGUAUCCUCUCUUGUGACAUUUGGAAGCGUAUGUAAGCACUGGCAUGCUUUGGCAGGUGAUGACCUUGUUUGGAGAGAUCACGCCAUUGCCGACUUUCAUCUUGUUCAUUCUUAUCAUGGAAACCAUGGUUGGAAAGAUUUCUAUGUCCGACUCCUAGACUCUGUUGUCUAUACUUGGGGUGAAAAUUCGGCGUUUCGACUCGGGCAUAGUCAAGGCAGAAUUGGGCGUCAGAGUCGUGUAUUCCAUACAGCUAUUCCACAAAAGGUCAAUACUUUGAGUAACCAAGCCAUAGCUGUGAUUACAAGUGGACAUUCAUCUUUUCAUGCACUCGAUGGAUAUGGCAAGAUUCGGAUCCUCACAAAGGCAAGUAUUAUAAUGGAACCAUAAGCUGUUUAUAGUCAAAAGUUAUAUAUACACACCUUUUGCUCAAACAAAACCAAAUCUAUGUAUGUAUGUCUGUAUGUAUAUAUCUUAAUGUAGGUCGGGAGGAUC